AUGGAGACACUUCAGAAGGUCUGCAAGGCACGGGAGGUGGUAAAAAAGAAGGACAAAGAGCUCAGAGGUAAUAACAAUAGGCCCAUUGGUGGCUACCGUGAGUGGUUGAAAGCCCACGUGCAAGGUUUGGAUUGGCUCCCAAGUCUGAGAACCGCUAAGAGGGAGGAAGAUGAGGCACCGGAGGAAGAAGAAGAGUUGCAGCCCUUAGGACGGAACUCAAGAGGAGAAACCAAGAGGUGGCUCCAUUCAUUCAAAGGCAACAGUUUGAAGACGUGGGAGGAAGUUGUUGAAAUUUUUUUGAAGAAAUACUUCCCCAAAUCAAAGACUACAGAAGGGAAGGCUGCAAUUUCAUCAUUCCACCAAUUCCCUAAUGAGUCCUUGAGUGAAGCAUUGGAGAGAUUUCGUGGUUUGUUAAGAAAGAAUCCCACUCAUAGGUUCUCUGAGCCAAUUCAGUUGAACAUGUUUAUAGAUGGGCUAGGACCGCAAUCCAAGCAGUUGCUAGAUGCUUCAGCAAGAGAGAAGAUAAAGCUAAAAACCCCUGAAGAGGCAACUGAAUUGAUUGAGAAUAUGUCUGCUAGCGAUCAUGCUAUCCUGCGUGAUAGAGUUUACCAACCCACAAAGAAAAGCUUAUUGGAGUUAUCAUCACAGGAUGCUUUGUUGCAGGUUGUACCAUUUGUGGUGGUGCUCAUGAAUCAGGCCAUUGCAUUUCCAUUGAAGAGCAUACUCAGGAAGUUAAUUACAUGGGAAAUCUGUAGAGGCAAGGAUACAACCAAGGAGGAUUUUCAGGUUUCCAGAAAGGUCCCUACAAUCAGCAAAGGCAAUGGAGAUCACACCCUGGCAAUCAAUUCAAUAAGGACCUGGGAGGACCUUCCAAUAGGCCACCUCAACAGGGGCCAAAUCUUUUUUCAGAGGACUACCAAACUGGAGGAGACCCUGGCUCAGUUCAUGCAGGUGACCAUGUCCAAUCAUAAGAGCACUGAGUUAGCCCUGAAAAAUCUUGAGAUCCAUGUGGGUCAACUUGCUAAACAGUUAGCUGAGAAGUCAUCCAGCAGCUUUGGAGCAAAUACUAAGAAGAAUCCCAAAGAAGAGUGCAAAGCUAUUAUGACAAGAAGCAGGAAGCUUGUGGCGGCUUAG